UUUUUUUUUCACUUAUCCGUGAAACGGCUGCCAGAUUUCAACAUACGAUAGACGAAACCCUAAGUCGUUCACUCCCACUGCGCCCUAGCCGCAGGAGCAGAACCCUCCUUCCUCCCCAUUGUAUAAAUCCUUCAAGAUGAAUAGGGAGAAGCUUAUGAAAAUGGCAAAUUCCGUCCGCACUGGCGGAAAGGGUACCAUGAGGAGAAAGAAGAAGGCUGUCCACAAGACAACAACUACAGAUGAUAAAAGGCUUCAGAGUACCCUCAAGAGAAUAGGAGUGAAUGCCAUACCUGCAAUUGAAGAAGUCAACAUAUUUAAGGAUGAUGUAGUUAUUCAGUUCAUAAACCCUAAAGUGCAAGCUUCUAUUGCUGCCAACACAUGGGUUGUUAGUGGUUCUCCCCAAACUAAGAAGUUGCAAGAUAUCCUUCCUCAAAUUAUCAGCCAUUUGGGACCAGACAACUUGGACAACUUAAAGAAGUUGGCAGAGCAGUUCCAGAAGCAGGCUCCUGCUGCUGGAGCUGGUGCUACAGCAGGACAAGAGGAUGAUGACGACGACGACGUCCCUGAUCUUGUGGGCAAUUUUGAGGCUGUAGCCGAGGAGGGACAAGCAACUCAAGCUGCCCCAUCUUAAAAGACCUGCAAGGCAACCUUUGUGCUAUUCUACAUAUUUUCAAUGUUGAGAUUUAACUUGUUUCCAAAUUUAGGUCUUUCAUCAUGUCUUUAUCUAAUGCAUGUGACACACUUGCUAGUCUGUUACUUUAUUGGCUUGCUUCUUUCUUUUUCUGGCUCUCUCUGAAAACAACAAUGCUUCAUCCAAAAGUUUUGAUUGCUUAUCCAUACAA